UUCGAACGGUUUCCAUUUCAAAACCGAAAUUCAACCGUAGCGCGUGUGUGUCAGCGUUUGUGGUCCGUGAAUUAAACGCAGAACGUUCGCUUUCUCGGCAACGACACAUUGUGAGUCCGUGCCAGUGCCAGUGAAGAUCGAAUGUUGAUCGAAAGCGUUGUUAGACUUGGCUGUGGAUGUUUAAUUUUAUAACGUUCGUUUGCGCGUGGAGGAAACCCAGCUUCUUCCGGUGUGUGGUUUGGUGCGCGAGAAGCAAAAGAAUCAACAACAACGCCCAGUGCAUGUGCAUCGUGUGUGAGAGAAAAAAAAGCAGAGGGCAGUUUAUCAAACGUUGUGGAACGGUGAUCAGAGGGGGAAACCAAAUCGGUGUGGGAAUGUUUGGGAAUGCAGUGCAGUGAAGGUGUUUAGUGACAUUUGCGUCGUGAAUUGUACGUUUGGUUGCUGCAAUGGAAAGAAAUCUUCAACCAUCAUCGAGCCGAGGGACCAUCAUGCACGUUUGAAAUCUUCUGGACGAUCACCAACAGCUGUUCAAUAACACUUUGUCGGUGUCGCACCAUUUAGCCGAUCCCCAUCAUGAUAGCGUCGUGAUGGAAUCCGGAACCAUCGUCGUUAGUCAUUCGCCAGCAGCCAUUCCGAGAGCAUUUCUGAAUGAACGUUCUUCUUCGAUGACCAUUCUUCCGUCGCAAGGCAAAUCACAACAACAUCCCCCCAGAAUGUCGCAAUUGGAAACUUUAGAAGCAAAGAUGGCAAAUAUUGAGGUUUCGCUGUGUGCAGGAACACCCAGACGAAGAAAGGGAACAUCCCUGGGAGGGUCUCUGUCCGCUCGCUCAUCCCCCAGACCCGAAGCGCCACCUUCACGCGAACUGCGAACGGCUUUACAAGACCGAGAAGCUGUUAUACAGAAUUUGCGGUUACAGCUCGGCCUGGGAAAGCUACCACGCCCGACCGGGCCCCCGUUGGACGAUACGGAACGACCAGUGGCCGAACAGCGGCUGGCAAAGCUGAAAUCAGACGCCGAAACCAAACGACAUGUGAUUAAAAAUCUAAAAUCCGCACUGGAGAAGCUCGACGUGACGGACAAUAUCGAUGUACGAAUACGGCAGGCCGAGCUGGAGUACGCGCUGGGGCGGGAAGAAUUGCAGCUACUUUCGCUGGUCGAGGAAGCACGGGCCCUGCAGGGACGGCUAGACAAACCAAAGCAAGAACCAAACACCCUCUACGGGAUGCUACAAUCGGGUGCAAGCCUAAGCCUGCUUGCUAUCCGUGCGUCGACGGGUCGCUGGAACGCAAGUACCAGAAAUGAGCAGCCCGGCUUUUGGGUAGACUGGGUGCUGGAGGGUGAAAGCCUUCAGCGAGGCGAUCGCAUCAUUGAAAUCAACGGCAAAGCGAUCGGUGGUCGCAAUCGGGAAGAGAUGGCCCGUGCUAUUGGGUCCCACUCCAAGUCGGAGGUGGUUGUGGCACGCGCAAGGAAAGCACCCGGCGUGAACCACUUAGCCCAUCAGUCGCUGCAACAAACGCAGGCGGAUAAUGUUCGACUGCAGCACCGAAUAUCGUAUCUGGAGGAUCAGGUGAGGGAGUUGCUGUGUUCCAAAGACAAUGGAGUGAUUCGCAGCGGAGUGGCAGUGAACGGUAGUGGCGGUGCACACAUCACCUCGAUCAGCAUCACGUCACCACCUUCGACGCCACCGGAGGGUAAAACACCGCAACCGCCGCACAUAUACAAUUACAUCGACGAAAAGGGAUCAUCGCCGCGCAAUGGUAGCCCGGGACACGUCACAACGACCACCAUCAUAAAGGAGUGCGAUCGAAUCAAUGGCGAACUAACGAACGGAGGAUCGGAUGUGUUGAAGUAUAACUUGCGAAACUCACUCUCAUCGUCCAAGAUCAGCAUCAAUGGCAAUGCGGGAGAUUCCCUGACCGCGCAGUACUACAAUCGCAAGGAAAGGGAUAAGCGAGAACGUGAGACACGGCGACAGGAUCGUGAACGCUAUCUGCAGCAGUUCGGAGCGAAACUGCAGCGCAGCACCACGGAUCUCGAAAGCGACUGUGAUCGGAACCGAUUGCUGCAGCACAGUCACAGCCGCAACCAUGCCCGUAGCGUAGAACACUUGAAUGGCGAACGGAAGCGUUUGGUAGCGGCGACCGCACACGAGACAGCCACGAUUGGCCGUCGGAGCGAUAUUCGCACGGUAAAAAGCUUGGACUUUGAGUCCGACACCAACGACCAAUACGCCUCGGAACCGUCCGGCCCGGUAAGCAAACAUACCGGCGGUGUACGGCCCGCACCGCCAAAGAAACCGCUCCGUCUGUCGUUGCAACGCGCGCAGAGCUUGCAGACGGUGGAUGGGCUGAUGCUGGAAGCGCUGGCCGCCACCAACGGGCACGAUAGAAAGCGUGGCAUGAAACGAUCUCACAAGAGCGGCACCAAAGCAACCGAUCCGAGCGCGACGAUGGCGUCCCAAUACAUUGAGAACAGUGUGCCGAUGCAGACGGCUUCGCUUGGACGGCAGAAAUAUAUGUAGACCUGUAGCGGGAUCGGGCAAAAUGCAAACAAAAGUGUUAUACGCUGUGCUACGCUGACCAUACGCGAGCGUACGAGAGUAUAUAAGCAAUACAAAUGGAAAAUGAAUAGCAAUAAAAUAUCUUACAAGUGUAAAAAUAAGCACAA